CUCUACAGAGGCUACCCAUAUUCUCCCUAGAUGCUUAAGGUUCUGAAAGUGGAAAGGAUUUAGAUUACAGAGUGAGUUUGAGAGAGAGAGAACGUUCAAAGUGCAAGAUUGGAAAAGGAUUAGAGACGACGAUUAUGAGGCCAGUGUCACUGCUCAUCUUCCUCCUUGUUUGCCUAGCAGCUUUCAAACCUUCUUACCAAGCACCAUAUGCUCUGAGAAUAAGCUGCGGAGCUCGCAACGACGUCCACACACCACCAACAAAUACAUUUUGGUACAGAGAUUUCGGAUACAGUGGAGGGAUACUUGCUAAUGCAACUCGUCCAAGCUACAUCACUCCUCCUCUCACCACACUUCGCUAUUUCCCCUUAUCUUUGGGUCCUGAAAAUUGCUACCACAUAGAGAGAGUCCCUCAUGGCCAUUAUUCAGUUAGAGUCUUCUUCGGAUUGGUCAAAGAUCCCACUUUUGACAACGAACCUUUGUUUGAUGUAUCUGUAGAAGGAACCCUAGUUUACUCCCUAUCAUCAGGUUGGAGUAAUCAUGAUGAUGAACAAGCUUUCGUUGAGGCUCUAGUAUUCCUUGAAGAUGGAACUGCUUCAAUUUGCUUCCACAGCACUGGUCAUGGAGAUCCAGCUGUACUUUCAAUCGAAGUUCUUCAAGUUGGCAACAAUGCAUAUAACUUUGGUUCGGAUUGGGGCAGAGGAACAAUCUUAAGAACACAUAAAAGACUCAGUUGUGGUGCUAAAAAUCCAAAAUUUGAUGUGGAUUACAGUGGGAACCAUUGGGGUGGAGACAGAUUCUGGAAUUCAAUCACUACUUUUGGUCAAAACUCUGAUAAACCUUUAACCACAAAAAAUAGCAUCAAGUUAUCCCCAAAUCUACCAAACUAUUAUCCAGAAGCUCUUUAUCAAACAGCACUUGUUAGCACUGAUAAUCAGCCUGAUUUGACAUACACAAUGGAUGUGGAUCCAAACAGGAAUUACUCAGUUUGGUUGCAUUUUGCAGAGAUUGAUCCUUCAGUCACAGGAGAAGGACAACGAGUUUUUGACAUCAUUAUAAAUGUCCCUGUUAGUGGGAGGAGUUUGACAAUAACUUUGCAGCUUGUAAAAGGAAGUCACACCAUAAUCAGUGCUAUAGAGAUCUUUGAAAUUGUCAGAGCUGAAGCCAAAACUUCAAUUGAUGAAGUAAAAGCUUUGCAGAAAUUGAAGAGUGCAUUAGGUCUUCCUCUUCGUUUCAGUUGGAAUGGUGAUCCUUGUGUUCCACAGCAGCAUCCAUGGAGUGGAGUAGAUUGUCAAUUUGAUAAUGCUAAAAUUAAAUGGUUCAUUGAUGGAUUAGGUCUUGAUAACCAAGGUUUAAGAGGAUUCUUACCUGAUGACAUAUCCAAGCUCACUCAUCUACAAAAUAUGAACCUGAGUGGAAAUAGCAUCCAGGGGGAGAUUCCUUCUUCACUUGGAAAAAUUACUAGUCUUGAAGUAUUGGAUCUUUCAUACAAUUUGUUUAAUGGAUCCAUUCCUGAAAGCCUUGGAGGUUUAACAUCAGUUCGAAUAUUGAAUCUGAAUGGCAACUCCCUAUCAGGAAGAGUCCCAGCUGCACUAGGAGGAAGGCUUUUACACCGAGCAAGUUUCAAUUUUACUGAUAACAAAGGUCUUUGUGGGAUACCUGGAUUACAAACAUGUGGGCCCCACCUUUCUGGUGGAGCAAAGAUUGGAAUCGCAUUAGGGGCAUGCGCAGGGCUUCUUUUGAUCGCUACUUGUUUGACUUGUUGGUGGAAAAGGCGUCAGAACAUUCUUCGGACUCAACAAAUUGCAGCAAGAGGAGCCCCUUAUGCAAAAGCAAGGACUCAUUUCUCACGGGAUGUGCAAUUAGCAAGACAUAAUAACAGUAAUGGUGGUCAUGAACAUGCGAGGGCUGCAGCCGAAAAUGGGCCAAUCCUGCUUUCUUGAUAGUUUAAUUACGUUACAAUUUACAUGGGGGUUAACUGUUAAGUAACACAAAAUCAAUUACUUUGAUAGAUUGAUUGUAUAUUAUUUUUAUUUCUCAAGUUAGUGGAAAUUUUAAUUGGUUUUUUUAAAAUGUAGAGUGAUG